GUGGCGGGAGGGGGCCGGGCCGGAGCCGGCGGGAGGGCCAGGCCCGGAGGCCCCCACCCUGGCGUGCCCGCCCCGGGCGCGGCUGAAGAAGAAGAGGAGGAUGAUCUCCAGGUACACUCGGAAGGCGGCGCCACAGAGCUUGGAACUGAAAGGAAUAACACAAUAUGCUCUUAAUCAUCAUCCCCUGCCAGAGCGACUGGAUGAAAUUUCCUCCACUAAUGACAGCCACGAGAAAGACACAAGUUCCCCAAGUGAGUCUGACAUCACACAAGAAUCACCUAUUACAUCAGCCGACACUGGAAAUUCAGGGUCUGCUUUUCCGAGUUAUACGGGCACAGGAAUCUCCACUGAAGGCAGCUCGGACUUCUCCUGGGGAUAUGGUGAACUUGAUCAGAAUGCCACUGAAAAGGUCCAGGCAAUGUUCACAGCCAUUGAUGAGCUCUUGUAUGAGAAGAAGUUGAGCGUACAUACAAAGAGUCUUCAAGAAGAGUGCCAACAGUGGACAUCUAGCUUUCCUCACCUCAGGAUUCUGGGUAAGCAGAUAAUCACUCCGAGUGAAGGUUAUAGAUUGUACCCUAGGUCCCCUUCUGCUGCUUCAGCUUCACAUGAGGCAACCUUGCCUCAAGAAAGAGAUUCUACUAUAUUCGGCAUAAGGGGAAAGAAGUUAAAUUUUUCAUCUUGUUACACUCAUAAAGCAUCUUCCAUUGCCAAAUCUCCUAGUUUGUGUUCUGUGAAAAGAGAAGAAGAGGAAGACUGUGUGAUCAUCUCGGAAGGAAUAAUAGAGGAAUACCUAGCGUUUGACCGCACAGAUAUGGAAGAGGAGUUUCAUGGAACAAAAUCAGAAGUGGCUCCCGAGAAACAGAAAUUGGGGUACCCUCCCAUUGCUCCAUUUUACUGCAUGAAAGAGGAUGUCCUGGCGUAUGUCUUUGACAAUGUGUGGAGCAAGGUUCUGGGCUGUAUGGAGGAGCUGAUACGUAAUCACUGGGAGGGAUAUGUUUCUGAUGAUGAGAGUAGUGUUGCAAUCACCAGACUGAACUCGGGAAGCUCCUGUGUACUGAGUGAGCCCCAACCUUUGGUGUUACCUCGAGUGCCGCAGUCUAAGGUGCUGUCCAUCACCUCAAAUCCGAUGAAUCUCUGUCAAGCAGCAAGCAGUCAUCAGCCAAAUGUGAAUGGUCUCUGGGUUCAUGGGAUGCCUCUACAGCCAAGAAAUCUCUCCCUAAUGGACAAGCUCCUAGAUCUUGAUGACAAGCUACUUAUGAGGCCUGGGUCCAGUACCAUCCUUUCAACCCGAAAUUGGCCAAAUCGAGCCCCGGAGCUUAGUACGUCAUCUCUGUCAUAUACAGUGCAGUCCAUCAGGAGACGAAACCCCCCACCACGUACCCUUCAUCCCAUCAGCACAAGCCAUUCACGCGCUGGAACGCCAAGACCUGUGGAAGAGCUCCUCAGAGGAGCCCGAGUCCCAGGGGCAGCUGACUCGCUCUCUUCUCCGUCACCAAUGCCCCUGAGCCGAAAUAAUCUGCUGCCACCUAUUGGCUCAGCUGAGGUGGAACACCUGAGUGCAGUGGGGCCACAAAGGCAGAUGAAACCCCAUAGCGAUUCCAGUCGAGCCCGAAGCGCAGCGGUAGAUGAGCCGAACCAUCAGCAGCCCCAGGAGAGGCUCCUUUUACCUGACUUUUUCUCCAGGCCCAACACAACUCAGUCAUUUCUGCCGGAUACACAGUGUCAUCGUUCAUGUGCCAUUGAGUGUCCUCAUCAGGCCCGCCCUGGCAGGGGAUCAGCAGGUCCUCAGUUACAUGGGUCUACAAAAUCUCAAAGCAGAGGUGGACCGGUCUCUAGAACCAGGCAAGGACUAUAGGGCAAAUGAGAAGAGCCUGGUAUCAGGCUGCGGGAAACACAUCUGAAGAGUUAAUGGACCAGUGCUGUCAUCUCCUCAUGCAGACUUUAUAGACAAAAACCACCUGAAACCAUCUUCAUGAAGAGUUACUUUGGUUGGCUGACUGAGAAAAACACAACAGAGUAUCUGCCAAAGAUUACAUGGGUAUUGCUUCUAUCUCCAGUUACUUUUUUUUUUUUUUUCCUUCAGUAAAAGUUAACCUAUUUCACCGGACAGGAAAGUUUGUACCCAAAGAUAUAACAAUGAAAAAUUACCCUCAAAUCGCAGCUCAUGUUGUCUGUUAACAAUGAUCAGUUCAAUUAUUACAGGAUUCUAUGAGACUGCACAUACACACAAAACAGCAAAUGACUGGUAACAUUAGUUAUCACUGGCUUCAGAACACUUCUGCUUGUAUUUUCUGUUUUAAUUGUAUAAGUUAUUUUUAGGACCUAGUGCUGUCAAUCUGAGCCACUCAUCAAACAGACGUCAUUUCUAAAGCUUUCUCUAGCUCUCCAAUCCUAGAGGCAGAUAGAUAUGGAAGGGGUAACCAAAGACAAAAGUGUUGAGGAUAAGUGUAAAUGAACAUUUUAUGUAUUUUUCAGAUAGGCUAGCUCAGCCUCACAUUUCUUGCUUGAUAUUAGGUUAUGCUUAUUUUCUACUUAAAGUACCUUGCUAGUCUUAUUUUUUCCAAAUAUUAAACUCAUCUUGCCAAAUUUCCGCCUGCAAGCACUAGGAAAGUCAAUUUAAAAAUACUUUGUAGACUCUUGCUGUUAAUGAGCCACCAAGGUGCAAUUCCUUAAAAAUUUAAGAAACCCUGGCAAUUAGUCCAGUAUAAAUAUAUCCCAUGGUAAAUGGCUUUUGAUGUAAGAGCAGAAGUCAAGAGCUUUGGUAUUCUGAUGUCACCACGGACCAUUUACUGAGGGCACUCAUUAACGCAGCAGUGAUUUUAACUAUGGCUUAAAUUUACACACCAUUUAAUUUCAUUGAAUAUUAAUUCUGAUUAUCAUAUCAGUUUUAGAUCUUACUGUUUAUCUUCAGAGUGGAUAAUUCAAGUGAUCAUAAACUGGGGUAACUUUAUUUUACUACAAUGUUCUAAUGCUAUCACACAAAGACAGAUGCUUCAGAUUGCAUUCAAUUAUAUUUUUAAUAGAAUUAAAGAGUAUUUUUUAACCUUUUUGUAAUUAGAAACUGAAAAUGUGUCAUGUGCUUACCUCAGAUAAAUUAUGAUAUAUAAAGCUUGGUAUUAAGGCUUGUUUUAUGCAUAUGGUAUUGAAUAGGUUAAUCUACAAGUUGGAGAUUUAAAGUUGGACAGUCCCCCAAAAUUGUUUUUAUAUACUCUAAUGAAUACAUACCAACUCAAUUUAAGUGAGAAGCUGUACUAUUCUCGCAAACCAACACCGUAAGUAUAAGCAUUACGACAAACCGCUGGGUUAAGAUGGCUAGCCUUCAAAGUGAAGAGUCAGAAGGGGCCUCUAAGAAGUCAUGUACCCCACCUCCCUCCGCCCUUUGUAGAUGAGGAAACCAGGGGAGGCGAGCUCAGUGACCUGCCCACAGACGUUUGGCAGGUAGAGGCGGGACUACAACUCACGUCUCUUUAUGCUCCUGAAACCGGGGUGUCUGCUGUAAGGCUGCAUGAGGCUACUUUCCUUCCCUCUUCUCUAACCUGAACACCAUCCAGCUUUCUUCCACAUCGUAUUUUAAAUCAUCACUGGGAUAAUUUUUAAAGCCCCAGAACAAUAGUCAUUUUUACUUGUUUAUUUAAUCAUAUAUGUCUUUAAAAAUGCUUCAAGUAAUUCAAACACAUGUUACUCCUAUACUUCAAGUACAGCAGAUAGAACCUAACCGAGUAAAACAAAAAGGAGGGCAGGUCUGUUCAAGGUCACUACGCCUGAAAGCAAGCUGGCAGGUACUGGAAGGCAGCUGUCUGGCAGGUGCUGAAGGAGUUCUAGGCAGAGUCCCUGUUCUAAUGGACGUGUACAUCACUGAGUACUCUGCAGCUCACUCUGGACAGAGCCACAUCCUAGACACAGUUCCGCUUAGACAAGAGCCAAAGAAGCAAGUAUACCAUCAGGAAGUUUACCGCCCUCCCCGACCCCUCCAACCACCACCACCAAAUUCCUUUAAGUGAGGACCUCACAGAAUGUCGAGUGGUUUCCAGGAAAUACUAAGAUCAGGCUGAGAGAUUCUGCUUGGUUUACAUAGUUGAUCUGAGCAAUUUAGGCUGGAAAGACAAGUUCUCUUGGGUUGACUGGUGUCUUCAAAUCUUGACUGCAACUUGUCUAUAAAACGCCUUUGAAGAAAAAAAUUCCAUUACUUCUUUUCUUUCUUGAGAGAUGUCUUUUUCCCUCCUCCUUUGGAAGGUUUGCAGUAUUUUGCUUCCAUCUGAGCCAGAAAAUUGUCCAUUUCCUUUUGCCGAUCCUUUUGUCUGCUCUGUUUGGAAAGUUAAAGCACAAGGUUUCAAAACAGCACUAUCCACAAAGUGGUGGCCAGGGGCUGGAAUGAGGGGAUCAUGGGGAGUGACUGGUAAUGGGUACAGGGUUUCUUUUUGGGUAAUGAGAAUGUUCCAGAAUUAGUGGUGAUGGUUGUACAACUUUGUGAAUUUAUGAAAAUCCAAUGAAUAGUACACUUUAAAAGGUGAAUAUAUAGUAUGUGAACUGAUCUUAUAAAAAAAAGGAAAAAAAAAAAACAAA